AUGGCUACUGAUUCCAUACCGAACAGAGGCCCCGAAGUUCUUGCAGCUACGACAAUAACAUGGGCUCUAGCUGUCAUCGCCACUGGCCUCCGAGUCCUAAGUCGCAAACUUAAACGCAACAGGUUAUGGCUAGAUGACUGGCUCGCCAUCGCUUGUCAUCACUUCACCGUUCUAAAUCAGAAGUUAACAACCUUUCUAGAGGUGCCCCGGGGCUUCGGCAAACAUAUCUAUGACGGUCCGCCAGAUGCGGCUUACGCCUGGGCUUUGGGACUCUUCAUCGGUGAACUGGCAUAUUUUUCGGGGUUGGUGUUGAUUAAGUGGGCUAUUCUUGCCUUCUAUUGGCGCAUCUUUAACAUAUUGCACUCAAUCAGGCUACGGAUUUGGACGCUCUUCGCUAUUGUCUCAGCGUGGGGCCUUGCAAGCAUAUUGGUUAUGAGCUUGAAAUGCCAGCCGGUGGAUUCGAACUGGGUUCAUCAACCCAAUUCCACCUCGGAAUAUCACAGUCUCUGUAAUGACCGUAGUUUUUUCUAUGGAAAUGUGAUCCCUAAUAUGAUUACUGACAUUUUAUUAAUUGCAUUCCCCGCCCCAUACAUUGCCAAAACUCAGUUAUCCAUGGCUCGAAAAUUGGGCUUGGCCACUAUCUCUCUUUUUCGUGCCCUGGUGGUUCUAAUAUCCGCUGUUCUUUUUUUCUAUACCUUGCGAAUGGAUUUGACAUCUCCAGACGUCACAUGGAAUUAUGUCGAUACCUCCAUGUGGUCGGUUGUUGAACAGAACCUAGCGGUUGUCUGUGCUUGCCUCCCUUCUCUCAUGCCCCUUUUCGUUUUAGCGACAAACGGAACCCUAUGCGGUAGAUCCAAUUUCGCUAGAGGUUCAAUUGGACUCUCACGAGCAAGAAAUAACACUGUUGGAAGCCAGCUUAGGACGUUGCCCAAGAACUGGAAGGUCGGUACUCCGUACAGAGGAUGGGUUUCGGAUUUCCCAAGCGGGUCGCCCCAAGAGGGGCGACGCAGAUACCGACGAGUAUCCGUUUUUGUGGCAGACAGAGAGCAAUUCGGACCCUAG